UGACCGUACAUCCCAUCACCUACUCGGGCAUGCCCAUGCCCAUGUACUCCUUCCCGCCCGGCAUGGUCCCAACUCAGCCGCCACGCACCAAGCGCCGCCAGGUCAAGAACGCCUGCACCAACUGCCAGAAAGCGUGCAAGAAGUGUGACGACGCCCGGCCCUGCCUUCGCUGUGUCAAGUAUGGCAUAGCGGAGGAGUGCGUCGACUCGCAGCGUAAGGAGCGCCAAAAAGGGAUUAAGCGCGGUCCUUACAAGAAGCGAGAUGGAAAGGACCGCGCAGCCGGCUCUGCCGACCCCCAGGUCGACAUGAGCGCGCCGUCCGCCAUUCCACUUCCUAUCGCGGCGGGCACCCCAAUGCAGCCAUACAUGGCGGCACCCAUGGGCUACCCAGCGGGGUUCUUCGGCCAGUACCCCGCGCCUGCACCGACCAAGCCCGGAGAGGCCCCCGCGUACUACCCACAGUACUAUUUCGCCCCCAUCCCGAUGCCUCCGCCUACUGCAGGCCAGGAAGGCGAGAUUCCGGGAUAUCCGGCUGGGUUCUACCCUGCGACCUUCCUCACCCCGUAUGCGCCUCAGCCGUAUCCGGGCGCGGCGCUCCCGUACGUGAUGCCCGCGCCGCCGCCUCGAGGCCCCGAUGGGCAGCCCAUGACGAUUGCUGCGCCACCUUUGCAGUACGCGGCCUAUCCUCAAGCAUACGCCAGGCCCCUCGGGCCUCAGCAGUCGCCGCCGGCUCAAGGGCCUCAGUGCGAGGCUGGCCAUGAUAUUGGCCAUCGGCUGAUGGAUCCGAACGUGCGUCGUGACGCUCGCCUCGACGCCGUAUACGUUGGCGGGAUGGCGAACGGCAACGCUGCGUUGUCCAAGUCUGGAUGAAGUGCCUCGCAACGCGGAUCAUUGUCUCGUCUCGUGGUUUGUUAUAUGUAUACAUUUCGUGGAGUAUUAUGGUCUCAUAUCUUGCGUACGGUCUCAACUAUGCUUUCCAACUCGAUCCGUUCUCAUUUUGUCGUUAUCUAAUUUGUCUGUGCUACUGUGUACAUCUAUUUCUUGAAUAGCACUUUGUCCUGUC